AGUGUAAAGGGUUGUAAGUCACUGGCAAAAGUAAAUACCUAGUCGAGCGCGAUGGAAGACGUUUAAUAAGAAGCUGGGAAACACUUUUUAACCCCCUUUUUAAACUGUUCACGGUUCAACAUUUGCAUUAACCAGUCUCUGUGGGGAAGAACAUGACAUUCAGUGCUGCUCUCUGCGUGGACAUGUCACGUUAUUAGCUAACCUGGCCUAGCGACUCAGCCCCACAGCAUCUCCCCGGUUCAAACUCUGAGGCUACACGGAGUCAGAGAGCACGUUCAGUUUUACAUCUAUUAAGAGCCGCGUGUGAAUUAACGGGACGCUCACUCGUGCACCACAAACACAGACACUUUGUACCUGCUCUGGAUUUGAACAUCAAGGACGCCAGCGCUGCCAUCUUGAAGCACGUGACCGACGUCCGACGCGCGUGCGUCACAGGGAAGCACUCCUGAUGCCUUCACGCGCAUAGCAAGGGUCGAGAGACAAUGCGAGACAAGAAGAGAAAAUACCAUCCGCCAGCUUUUAAACGCAUGGGCAGCUACAGUGAUUCCACCAGUGACCUAGAGGAGGAGUUUCCCGUGUAUGACUUCCUCCAGCCUGGUCUCCACCGCAGCCAAGCCUCCCAGAGCUGCUCAGAGAAACCGGACCAAGUGCUCCUGGACAGCUCUGACACCGAGCAGGGGGAGCCCUUCUCCCCGGUGUCAGCACAGUGCAGCGAGGGCGCGGGCACGGGCACGGGCACGGGCACAGGAGUGGCUGAUGUGAUGCUGAUCAGCAGUGAAUCAGAUGAAGAGGACGCGUCCUACGUCCCCCUGGCGCAGAGACUCAAACAGAGACAAGAAAGUGUCGCUGAUGGCAGGGAUGCUGAGCCGUAUUCCCCGUGCGAUCGGGCCAGCCCAGAACUCUCAGGCCCAAAUGGCUUUUCAGAGUCUGUGCCCCUGCUUGGCUCCCAUCAGAGGAACAUGGAGGACAGAGGGACUCGGGGCUGCCCAGGGGAGCCUGCGCUCGCUCAGCGGUGGCCGCCUCAGAAACUUUCCUCCUGGGCAGGGAGUGCUAACAUGUCCCCUGCUAAGAGGAAUCCUGCCAAGCGGACUGCAGAGGAGAUCCAGGCCUCCAGGGAGGAGGCACUGAAGAGGAGGGAGGCCAGGGAGAGACAGCAGGGGGACAAGGAGGCGCUUAGGCUGGAACGAGAGAGACAGAAAGCAGAGAGAAAAGCCAUGGCGGAGGCAGCCAAAGCCCUGAGGCCAGAGGAGUGUAUCAAACAUAUGGUGGUUGUUGUGGAUCCAGCUCUCUUGCAACUGGAAGGAGGGGGCACUCUGUUGACGUCGCUGCAGGCUCUGGGUUGUAGCUGCGCCAUAGAGAAACAGCCCCUCCCACGCAGUGUCAGCUGGAUGAGGAGGUCUCCCUGCGUGCAGCAAGACGAUGUGGCGUGUGUGCCAGAGGCCCAUGUCGUGAUGCACAUGACAGUUGAUAACUUUAUCGCUCUGAUCCACAGCUACACGCAGGAGCUGAGGCACGGGAGGCCCAACGGUGAACCUACCCUGACGUCCUGGGUUCAGGAGCUGCAGAUUCGACAUCCUGACCGGAUCCUCAGCCUGGUGGUCAUUGAGCUGGAGAAAUACUUCAGAUCCCAGAAAUGUCAAAGCCAGAAGAAGCUGCGAGAGGCGGUGCUGGGGGACGAGCGUGGAGGAAAAGGAGCAGUAAAAAGGAAGAGGAAGAACGGUGGAGUUGAGGUGUUACCUGAGGUGUCCCGCGUUGAGGUGGAGGAGGCUUUGGUGCAUCUCCAGCUCCACACGGGGGUCUUGGUCCGCUUCUUGUCCACCUGGAAGGACUUCUCAGAUCACAUCAGCAUGACCACCAAAGCGGUUGCCGAGGCGCCUUUCAAACGAGAGAGGGACAAGACAGGUUUUUCUUUCUACCUGGAGAGUGACUGGGCGGGUGGGCAGCGGGUGGAGAGGAACGGGAAGGGACUGCUGCAGGUGUGGAAGAGGCAGAUCCAGCAGUUCAACAGAGUCAGUCCGGACAUGGCCUCGGCGAUCCUGGCAGCCUACCCCUCCCCACGGCUCCUCAGCCAGGCUUACCGUCAGUGCAAGACAGAGCGCGAGAAGGUCUCGCUGCUGUCAGACCUGCUGAUUCGCAGAGGCGAGGGCGUGACCUCCACUUCACGCCGGGUGGGUCCGGAGCUUUCCAAGCGCCUCUUCCUCAUGAUGAACGCCUCUGAUCCCGAGCAGACCCUGGACUCCGCCGCCUGACCUCAACACGACGUCUUUAUGUUGGAAAACGACUCACAAAACCUCAGCCUGUUGAAUGUUUCUGCUGCGGUUUUCAACUGUGCCAGUGCCUGUGUGAAUCAGUGAAUUUGAAGCUCCCAGGGUGCUACAUUCAUCUAUCAUUUCUUUUUUCUUCAUGUGUAUAUGUUUUAUUAAAAGCUUUAUGAAAAUUUUA